AUGAAACUUUCCAUUCCUUUAACCAUUGUUACUAUAAUUUGCAUUAUAGCGCUUGAACAAAUUGAAGCAUUUAAUUCUACUUUCGGUGUAUUUGUGUUUUUAGCUUCAUGUAAAGUUUGGGCUACAGAUAAUUUGGGUUAUACCGUAAUGGAUACCGGAUGGUUGAAUUGCGAACAAGAUGAUCCAAAUUUUACAUUUCAUUCUCGAGAUAUAACAGCUAAUCCAUACAGACUUCACGCAAAGGUUAUGGGCAGCCUGAGAAAAACAAAAAGUAGAGGACCAUUUACCUCAGAUACCUGUUUUAAAUUUUCUGGAACUGUUGCUAAGUGGUCUUUUGACCAACAAGACUCGUCAUUUUGCCAGCACCCUACUUAA